UGUAGGCAAAUGGUGGGUGGUGUACUGUAGAAAAACACACCACGUAUGAUACGCGGGAGCGAAAAGUCUUAAAACUCCUCGCAAUUUCAUUGGAUCGCAUUCUGAUAUCUCUCCUACGUCGCCGACCACUUGCUAAGCUUCUUCUCCAAAGAGGGAUUGAUUUCUGGAGGAAGUACAAAUUUUGGGGUUGGUGAUAUAAUCAAUGGCUGCGCCACCAGCAAGGGCUCGGGCCGAUUACGAUUACCUCAUUAAGCUCCUACUUAUUGGCGACAGUGGUGUGGGGAAGAGUUGUCUUCUUUUGCGUUUCUCUGAUGGUUCCUUCACAACCAGUUUUAUUACAACUAUUGGCAUUGAUUUCAAGAUAAGAACCAUUGAACUUGAUGGUAAAAGAAUUAAACUGCAAAUAUGGGAUACAGCUGGUCAAGAGCGCUUCAGGACAAUUACAACAGCUUACUAUCGAGGAGCAAUGGGCAUUUUGCUGGUGUAUGAUGUUACUGAUGAGUCAUCUUUCAACAACAUUAGGAACUGGAUUCGCAACAUUGAACAACAUGCUUCUGACAACGUAAACAAGAUUUUGGUGGGAAACAAGGCUGACAUGGAUGAGAGCAAAAGGGCUGUGCCCACUUCCAAGGGUCAAGCUCUUGCUGAUGAGUAUGGUAUCAAGUUCUUUGAAACUAGUGCAAAAACGAAUAUGAAUGUGGAGGAAGUUUUCUUUUCAAUAGCAAGGGAUAUCAAACAAAGACUUGCAGAAUCUGAUUCAAGGGGUUCCGAGGAACAGACAAUUAAGAUUAACCCUGACCAAGCUGCCGGUGGCCAAGCUGUGCAAAAGUCGUCUUGCUGCGGUUCACAAUGAGAACUAAACCUUACUGUAGAAAAGAGAGGGAAAGGUUCUGCACAUGCUGCAUCGACGUUAGUUGUACUAUUAAAUUUGAUGCAAGCCAAAUGAUUCUGUUCCUCUUAUAUUUUUCCAGCUUAUCAAGUCUCUAAUAUUAAAAAUUAGGUUUUUAAUUUUGUUUUAUUUUAUUUUUCAACAUUUAAUUUGUGGAAUUUAAUAACACGAUUGGUUUUAUUUC